ACAAAUAAACUCCUAUUGACAGAACACAAUUGGUUGUUCGUAUUUUGCUGUCAGGGACUGAUGUCGUUGGCGUAACCAUUGUGUUCAGGGACUUUCAGAAAUGCAGCAGUCCAAGUUCUCCGUCAGUCACCGGCGCUGCUGAUGAAAGUUCCAGCUGGUGCUCCAUGCAGCGCGUGUUCACGGUCUGCUGGUUCUGGAGUCAGUCUGUGUGCAGGCGGGCGGACACACAGCCAGGUAGACUGCCGACAGCGACCGCGAGGCUGAGCUCCCUCUGGAGUGAAAAGAAGCGCCGGGCGCUGAAAGUGAAACGAGAUCGAUAACAGUAAGGUAUCCCGCCGCCGGCCGACCCCGGGUGACAAGCCCCGGGUCCACCUUGGAGUCAGCAGUCCCUUCACCAGCAGACAGCCAUGGCUAACAUUGCGGUCCAGCGGAUUAAGCGAGAGUUCAAAGAAGUUCUGAAAAGCGAAGAGACAAGUAAAAACCAGAUUAAAGUUGAUUUGGUGGAUGAGAACUUCACAGAACUACGGGGCGAGAUAGCAGGUCCUCCAGAUACACCAUAUGAAGGUGGGAGAUAUCAGCUUGAAAUAAAGAUCCCAGAAACCUAUCCGUUUAAUCCUCCAAAGGUGCGCUUCAUAACCAAGAUCUGGCAUCCUAAUAUCAGUUCUGUCACAGGAGCAAUAUGUUUGGACAUCUUAAAAGACCAAUGGGCAGCCGCUAUGACCCUGCGGACGGUGCUGUUGUCCCUACAGGCUCUUCUUGCUGCAGCAGAACCAGAUGAUCCACAGGAUGCAGUAGUAGCAAACCAGUUUAAGCAGAACCCAGAAAUGUUCAAACAGACUGCAAGGCUGUGGUCCCACGUAUACGCAGGUGCUCCCGCCUCCAGUCCGGACUACACACGGAAAAUAGACAAACUCUGUGCCAUGGGCUUUGAUAAGAAUGCAGUAAUAGCAGCCUUGUCUUCAAAAUCCUGGGACGUGGAAACGGCAACAGAGCUGCUGCUCAGCAACUGAAGAGCCCCAAUCAAGAGCGAGGACCCAAACUCUGCGUCAUCACCCGCUCCCUGCCUGCACCCUUCCAGCAUUGCCUUUUGUUAAAGCAGACGCCCUCCUGUGAACACAGCAGUCCAAGCCAACCUUUGACUACCAAUUCAACACGGAUGCCUGUCCAAUCUCAUUCACCGUUUUCUUCCUGAUGUUAAGAAGCCCAAGCAAUCCCUCAAAACUAUCCUCCACGCCUCUUUCUUUGAAGUUCGUUUACUUCCCCGCCCCCAAAAAAAGAUGCCAAGAGCUGGGGGAUUUUUCAGAAUAAAAGUCCUCCAUACUCCUCUAAUUUACAUACUGUUUUGAGCAGAGUUGGACUUUUGAGUCUUAUUUUUACCCAGAUCUUUAUGCUAUAAGUCCAUCAGAUUGAAUUGACUGGACUGUAUAGUUGCUGGGCGAGAGCCGUUAAACUGCUAAACCAGAACUUUGGAUGUACACAUUUUCCAUCAUCUAUGUAGAACUAGGAAUGUUCAUCCUCACGUUUCCACUCACGCACAAACAGCUGAUCUGUAAAUAGAUAUGUGUACAUUUGGAAAUACAUUAGGGGUAUAAUUUUUGUUUUAUAUACACGGAUGGCAUUGUAAAAACAGAUUUAUUUUAAAUAUAAACAAUCCCUAGUUGUAUCGAGACUUAUUUGAUGCUUGUGUGAUCCAUGAAAACUCCCUCUGCAGAUCAGGACUUUGAUUUUUUUGGUCCCCCCCCCCCCUGCAUCUUCUGUGGGGUUUACUGAACAGGAAUCCUGAUCCAACAGGAGUCGGCUCAGGACCCUACAAGUCAAUAAUUCUGCUGUACAAUCAAAGCCUUUUGCUGGUGGAUGUUUUUAAUUGCCUUUGUUUUCACCAAACAAUAUGGUGGAUUUUUAUCAAAUAGUCCCCCUAUAGACAGAAAACUGCUUUAAAAGACACCAAGAAUAUAUUAUAGUAGCAUUGAUCAGGGUAUUUUCUGAAAACUUUUUUUAAAAACUAGCUCUGUUGAAAAUAUUUUAGCCCCGCCUCAGAACAGAUCUGAAUCGGCUCCUGAAUGUGAUCUGUGCAAUUUCUACAGAGCCUUGACAUGCGUCCUACUUUUGAAACACCAUUUUUUUUUAAAAUUCUGAUUUACAACAAAAUCACAGCAGGAGGACUAGAAAGAAAAUGCAUUUGUUAAAACCCAGAGCUGUUUAUUUAGUGCGGUGUGAAAUGGAGGUUAGUGUGCAGCUGUCCCUGGGAGUGACCCCGGCGUCGAACGCACAACUUUCUUGUAAAUAGUGGAGUUCUUCAUCAAUGAUGACCGGAUCUGCAUCCAUAAAAAGUAAGAACAGAGACCGAGCUCCGCCCACCCGCUCUCUAUCCCGUCUUCCUGGUGUUCAGUGUGCGAAUGUUGCACGACGACGAUGCAAAAAGAGGGGCUGCUGCAUCUCAGUUUCUCCAUUUGUGUCGUUUUCUUCGAGGCGCGUCAGCAGUAGAAAAGGCAUGGUUAUUUAUUGUGACAUUGUCAUGUUUCUUUAAUUAAAAAAGUGGAAAACAA